AUGAACAGCUUUUCGAUGGCACUUCUUCACCCAAAUCUUCUUCCGACCUUCAAUUCCAACCCUUUAACAUUUCCCCCCGUCAAACUUAAACCCUCUCUAUCCUUCUCUCUCUCACGCUCCCACUUCCCUCCUCCAACCCCCACACGCUUUACCCUCUCCGCUUCCGCCGCGGGAACCGUCGUUGCCCAAGAAGAAGCCCUUCCCACUCCCAAACCCGAGAAGCUUGGAGUGGUUGUGAAGACAACAGAGAAGCCGAGACUUGUGUUGAAGUUCAUUUGGAUGGAGAAGAACAUUGGAAUUGCACUUGACCAGACUAUACCGGGGCAUGGCACCAUUCCUCUGAGCCCAUACUACUUUUGGCCCAGAAAAGAUGCUUGGGAAGAGCUCAAGGAGUUGCUUGAGAGCAAGCCUUGGAUCUCCCAAAAGCAGAUGAUUAUUCUGCUCAAUCAAGCCACUGAUAUCAUCAAUUUGUGGCAGCAGAGUGGUGGCAACUUAUCCUGA